AUGGCCAUGUACCUGGAGGGACGCAUCUACAGGGACCCCAAGAAUUGCCAGCAAACACCAGAAUUUGGAAGAGGCAGGGGAGGAUGUGCCCCGAGAGCCUUCCAAGAGAGCGUGGCCCCGGCAACACGCCUGGCCUCCAGAACUGCGGGACAGUCAGUGUGUUGUUUUAAGCCGCCUAGAUUUGCUGUGUCACUACAGACCUGUUCCAAAAGACGUCAGGCUCCCCUCGAGAUCCCUGGAAAGGGGAAAAAAUCCACCUGCCAGAGGGGGAGCCCGCAAACUGGAAGAACUUGUCUGACGACUAAAGGCACCAAGGCACAGAGACGCGAACUGUCAGGCCCUUCAUCCCUCUCCCUCCCACGCCCCCUUCAGACAUCUGGAAUUUCCCUGCAGAAGAAGGACGCCGCUGGAUUUAGACCGAGAGCAGGUGUCACAUGCCCUCCCCCCACGACUGUCGAACAUGCAGACAUCCGGGUCAAGAGUUAUGACGUCGAUUCCACGGAGCGGUACACUUGUAAUGCGGGCUUCAAGCGGAAGGCCGGGACCUCCAGCCUGACGGAGUGCGUGCUUAACAAGACCACGAACACUGCCCACUGGACAAUUCCCAACCUCAAGUGCAUCAGAGACCCCUCCCUGACUCAUCUAAAGCCAUCCUCCACAGAAGGGCCAGCAGCCACAGAGCCAGAGAGCACCUCCCUUUCUGGAAAAGAGCCAGCUUUCACUUCCAAAUCAGCCAGCACAGUGGCCACAAAGGCAACUACUGAGCCAGGCUCCAGGCUGAUACCAUCAGAGCCUCCCGCUGCAGGAACCACAGGGGUAAUCAGUCAUGAACUCUCCCAAGCCCCAGCUCAGACAACAACAAAGGCCUGGGAACGCACUUCCUCCGCCUCGCAGGAGACGCCAGGUACAUCUUCAUACAGUUCUGGAACUGUGACUGCGGCCGUCGUCACGCCCGUCGCCGUGCUCUGCAUCGUCGCAUGUGUGGGACUUCUGGUGUGUUACAGUCGUUCUAGGCAAACUUUGCAGACCCCCAGUGUUGAAAUGGAGAACAUGGAAGAGAUGCCAAUGAAUGGGGGAGCCAAUAGCAGAGAGGAGGAUGCAGAAAGCUCCCCACACAGCUGAGGAAUCUCCAGGGGAAAGCGGAGGGCAGCGCGGCUGAAACCAGGGCCCCGCCUCUGCCCGAGCCAGAGAGGACCGGGGAAUGACUCAGGUGUUGGGGGCCAGCAGGAGCCCAACAGGAUGAUAAAGGAAACACGUUGGCACCAUUUUAUCGACUGGGGCCAGCCAAGACACCUCCGGUAUUUGUAGGCUUUCCAGACUCAGGACGCCCUGUCUCAGGAGUAGGACGGGCCCUUGAAGCUUUCCUGGGAUGGCGGAACACCUCGGCCUUCCUUUUAUUUCACGACGACAUUUAUCCAGGAGAGCUCAUCAGCUUGACGAUUCCAACCCACAUCCUGACUUGCCGUUCACAAAGAAAUAAACACACCUGUGGCUGGAAGAGAAUUAUGAGGCUCCUCCUGGCUUAAGAGAUGUCUGAGAGGAUGACAAUGUUGUUGUGGCCCCGAAACGCCGUCUCUCGGGUUCAGGGCUCUGCGGGCACUGAAAAGGACCAGAGGUACUGUGCCCAGUGAGUCCUCUUAAGGAUUCAGAAAGAAGGAAACUGAACUCUGUGACAUUUUCCAUGUAUGCGUAUUUCUAUUUAUACUCCUUGUCUAGCAUAGCUACAUAUUUUGUUAUUUUGAAAUUGUGCCUUGUAUAAACAAAAUGUCUAUUUUCAAUACAAAAAAUAAUGCACUGAAAGAAUCACUGAGGAGAAAUGUACCACAAAGAGAAAAAAAAGAGGAGAAAGUGGGGGAAUACAGAGCUCCAAAUGGUA